AUUGUUUUUCGUAGACUUUCGUAAAUGUCAGUGUAGAAAGAAUGAAGUCUCCAAUGAAUUAGUUUUACUGCAACAUUUAUAAGUUUUUGUGUGAAGAAAAAUAUCGUUUUUGUUAUUUCAUAAAUAUUGGCAUUUUUAUUUAGUACAUAUACAAUUACCAUUUCUAUUUGUUUAAAUGUGAUCGUAACGACCAUUAUCAAAACUAGAAAAAUAAUAUAGUUGCAUGCACUGUAGUUGCAACGUAGUUCUUUAAUCGAAGUUAUUAACACAUGCAAGAGACAACAAUCGGAAGAAUAAUAAAGUAACGUGACAUUUUUUGUGUGUGAAAUUGGAAAUAAACCUAUUAGCAUAAAAAUAAAAAACAGGCUAAACGAAAAACAGAAUGUCGGAAUCGUAUGAUUAUCUUUUUAAAUUCCUAAUAAUUGGCAGCGCAGGAAGUGGCAAAAGCUGUUUGCUACAUCACUUCAUCGAGAAUAAGUUUAAAGAUGACAGCUCCCAUACGAUUGGUGUUGAAUUUGGUUCGCGUAUUGUGAAUGUUGGUGGUAAAUCGGUGAAAUUGCAAAUAUGGGAUACAGCGGGACAAGAGCGUUUUCGAUCUGUAACACGUUCAUAUUAUCGUGGUGCCGCUGGUGCUCUGCUGGUGUAUGAUACAACAUCGCGUGAUUCCUUUAAUGCUCUCAGCAAUUGGUUGAACGAUGCACGCACCCUAGCCAGUCCGAAUAUUGUUAUACUAUUGGUGGGUAAUAAAAAAGACUUGGAAGAUGAGCGCGAUGUUACAUUCUUGGAAGCAAGUACUUUUGCACAGGAGAAUGAAUUAAUAUUUCUUGAGACAAGCGCUAAAACCGGAGAAAAUGUUGAAGAGGCUUUUUUGAAAUGUUCAAAAACUAUUUUAGCAAAGAUCGAAAGUGGUGAAUUAGACCCUGAACGUAUAGGCAGUGGCAUUCAGUAUGGUGGUGCCGCACUACGAAAUCUACAAACAAGACAGCGAAGCAUUAGUAAACCAGACUGUGGUUGUCGUGUCUAAUUAGAUGGCGGAGCACGUCGUAAAUUUAUUUCUAUAAUCUCAUAUUACAACUUUAUUAUAUGUAGAGUGUGUAAAAGUUAAAAAAAUUGUGAAAAACGCAACUGAUUGAAGUGAUGGCAGACGUACGCAAUAUAGGCAUUGUGUGUAGUUAUAUAAAACAGUAAUAUAUACAUACGUAUUUCAAAUGUACAUAUAUGUAUUGCAAUUAGACUAAGCCAAAAGUAUAAAUAAUAUCGAAUUAUGUAAAUGCUCAUUGUUGUACUUUCCAUUGUGGUAUAUUGUUAUACUUUCAACAAUUAAAUCAAUAAUCAUUCCCAAUUUUAAAAGCACGUUACUUGCCAAUUUUCCAAAUUUUUACAAAAUUUCGAUUUGUUGAUAUUAUUUAUAUAUAACCGAUUUAUAUGCUUAUUGAUUUCUGGUUUUACUCAGUUUUACAUCUCUUGAAAAUAAGUAGUCCUACGACAUCUCUUGGUUUUAAAUACUGAUUUAUUAUGAUAUUUUACACCAUAUUCGCAUAUAAUUGUAUAAUGUUAAGGAAAUAGAAAAUUAAGUAAUUUUUUUGUAAAUACCAGAAAUUAUACAAAAUCUUCAUGAAUAAACGAAAUUAAGAUCAUGACAACCUUUAAA